AUGUCUGGACGCGGAAAGGGAGGAAAAGGUCUUGGAAAAGGUGGCGCCAAACGUCAUCGCAAAGUUCUUCGUGAUAACAUCCAGGGCAUCACCAAGCCAGCCAUUCGUCGUCUUGCUCGUCGUGGUGGAGUCAAGCGUAUCUCUGGCCUCAUCUACGAAGAAACCCGUGGUGUCCUGAAGGUCUUCUUGGAGAAUGUAAUCCGUGACGCCGUUACCUACUGUGAGCACGCCAAGAGAAAGACCGUCACCGCCAUGGAUGUCGUCUACGCCCUCAAGCGUCAAGGCAGAACUUUGUAUGGUUUUGGCGGCUAA